AUGGAGGUGUGUAAGGUUUUUUUCUUUUUUUUUUUUUUUUUUUUUUUUUUUUUUUUUUUNCAAUUUUCGGGAAAUGCUGGGAAUGCUACGGAUAAAGUAGGCGAUGCGUAG